AUUGAGCAGCUCUCGGUACCGGGUAACCACCGCCCCACACAAUCUCACUCAUAUCUUCCCCAUUUCACGCAUAAGCCACAAGCAAUCCCCCCUGUUAACGCCACAAUGACAUAGUUUGGACAUGCCCACGAGACAUUCCCAAGCAACCUCGGUACCGCGCGGGUCCGCAUCAACCAGCUUUCUUGGGCCCGUGCGGAUGCCCUUAUCAUAGCCUUCAUUUCUCCUUUUCUUUGUUCCCGCACGCUCUCUACAAAACGAUGGCAGGGCAAUCAAAGGAAACCCCGCUGCCGAGCUGGGGGUAUGCUCUUGCAGGUGCGACAGGUGCGGUAUUGGCGAACGCUGCGGUCUAUCCCUUGGAUAUAGUAAAGACAAAGCUUCAGGUUCAGGUUCAGGUCAAGCGAAAACCGAAAAACACCGAGAAGUCGUUGGAGAAUGGGGAUGUGACAAGGUGUGACGAGGAAGAAGGGGAGAUUUACACCUCCGCCAUCGACGCGAUUCAGAAGAUCAUUGCAAAGAGUGGCGUCAAUGGGCUUUACACUGGAAUGAUAGGUUCCUUAAUCGGCGUUGCGAGCACAAAUUUCGCAUAUUUCUACUGGUACACUCUCGUUCGGAACUUCUACCUGAGCAAAUCGACAACCAGUGCACUUUCUACCGCCGUUGAACUGUCUCUAGGAGCAGUAGCGGGAGCCCUAGCGCAGCUGUUUACUAUCCCCGUUGCCGUCGUGACAACCAGACAACAGACCCGCCCGUACAGUGCGGAACCACUUGGUUUGUUCGCUACCGCCCAAGAAGUCAUCGGCGAAGAUGGUGUAUCGGGUUUAUGGCGUGGGUUGAAAGCUUCGCUUGUAUUGGUUGUUAAUCCUGCGAUCACAUACGGGUGUUACCAACGAUUGAAGCAGAUUCUGUUUAAUGGAAGGGAUAGGUUGAGCCCUGGGGAGGCUUUCUUGCUCGGUGCUCUUAGCAAAAGUUUGGCAACACUAGCUACCCAGCCACUGAUUGUAGCCAAGGUUGGGCUGCAGAGUGCUCCUCCUCCAGGAAGGAAGGCAUACAAGAGCUUCGGGGAAGUUAUGAAGGUGAUUGUUGAAAAGGAGGGGGCUCUGGGACUGUUCAAGGGUAUUGGACCCCAGCUUGUGAAAGGAUUAUUAGUCCAGGGUGUUCUCAUGAUGAGCAAGGAGAGGAUGGAAUUGAUCUUCAUCCUGUUGUUCCGAUGGUUCAAGAAGAUGCGGGCAAAGCGGUUAGCUAAAGCUGCCGGUACUCUACCGCUUGUUGUGAAAAUUUAGGGGAUUAGGUUCAUGUAUGAUAGGUGGUAGACAGUCUUUUGCUUUUCUAUGAUAGAGAUGAUUGCUUGCCUUCAUAGUUUUGUUUUUGUUUAUUUAUUUUAUUAGCGGGGGUUUUACUGGCUGGAUAUCUAUUUGAUACUGGGUGAAUUGGAAAGUAAUGUAAGAGCAUGCUAGCCGAGUGCCAAAGAAAAAGAAAAAAAAGAAAUAGUCAGA